AUGGAACUCUUUGAAACCAGCCCUUACUUUUUCCCAGAACAAAGAUUUUUUGACAAUGAAAAUUAUUUUUCCACACGGCUCCCCACUUACGAUCAGACUGGAUUUCAAGAUCGUGGCUCUAUGGGUAUUUGUGCUGAUGGUGUUAUACUGCAAGGCACGGGCAUUGAAGAAAAGAUGUCCCCCCAUGCCAGCGUAGGCCAACAGGACCACUGUCCCGGGCAAUGCCUACCAUGGGCCUGCAAGAUGUGCAAACGGAAGACAGUGUCUUUGGACAGAAGACGAGCAGCUACACUCAGGGAAAAACGCAGGUUGAAGAAAGUAAAUGAAGCUUUUGAAGCCUUAAAAAGAAGCACUUUGUUAAACCCUAAUCAGAGACUUCCUAAAGUUGAGAUCUUGAGGAGUGCCAUCCAGUACAUAGAACGCCUGCAAGCUUUGCUGUCAUCCCUUAACCAGCAAGAGAGGGACCAAAGAGAUUUGCUCUACCUAGCUAAUGGAGCUCAGCGUGGGGUAUCUAGUGAAUGUGGAUCAAGUUCCUCAUCUUGCAGCCCUGAGUGGAAUGAGUCUGACUUCAGUGGAAGCCAAAGUGAAAAUCUUCUAAGUGAUGAUUCCUCAGAACAACGUGACAUGAGUUCUUUGUCUUCGAUUGUUGACAGCAUCACAUCUGGAGAGGUGUCAAUAAACUUUUCUGAACAGCAUAUUGGAAACUAA